CCGGGCGCAGCCGGCGCGGGCGCGGGGCCGCUGCCCUCGCGCACAGCAGCACCAGCUCCUGACUUCCAGGGACCCCAGCGCAGAAGACCGGAUCUUGUAGAUGAAAGCAGUGGCCAACUAUGGAAGACAAGGCUGUGUGUGUGCAUGAUCUCUCCCACCCAAAAACAAAGUCACCUCCAAAUACAUGCCCCAGGGCCUCAAUCUCUAUGCAAAACCUCAAGAGCAGAGAUCUGCCUCAGCCCCAGGAAGAUGCUGGCUCCUCAGGGGACCCUCUGAGGACUGGCAUUUGAACCACCAAUGAAGUUUCAAGGUCUAGCCUUUGUCUCUUCAUUCCUACUCCCGCAUCACAUCUUCCAGAGGACUGCUUGAUUUAUUUCUAGAAAAAAACAGCAUUGGGUAAGUCAUUGCAGCCUCCCCAAACUUGGACAAUUUCUUUUGGAGCCUGGAGCCCAGUGGUACAGCAGAAAAGAAGCAGCCAAGAGCCAGGGAAGGAGCUGAAGAGUCCCAGGAUGAUGCUCAAUAGCACAGCCCCUUCCCUUUGCCUGGACUCUACUGUAUACAAGAUCACCAUCAGUGUGAUCCUCAUAAUCCUCAUCCUCAUCACUGUCGCCGGUAAUGUGGUUGUCUGCUUAGCUGUAGGCUUGCACCGCCGGCUCCGCAGUCUGACCAACUGCUUCAUUGUGUCCUUGGCAGUCACGGACCUGCUCUUGGGCCUCCUGGUGCUGCCCUUCUCUGCCAUCUACCAGCUGUCCUGCAAAUGGAGCUUCAGCAAAAUCUUCUGCAAUAUCUACACCAGCCUGGACGUGAUGCUGUGCACAGCCUCCAUCCUCAACCUCUUCAUGAUCAGCCUGGACCGCUACUGCGCUGUCACUGACCCACUGCGGUACCCUGUGCUCAUCACCCCAGUCCGGGUCGCCAUCUCUCUAGUCUUCAUCUGGGUCAUUUCCAUCACUUUAUCUUUCCUGUCUAUUCAUCUGGGUUGGAAUAGCAGGAAUGAGACCAGCAAGGACAAUGACACCAUCCUCAAGUGCAAAGUCCAAGUCAAUGAAGUGUAUGGGUUGGUGGACGGACUGGUCACCUUCUACCUACCUCUGCUGAUAAUGUGCAUCACAUACUUCCGUAUCUUCAAGAUUGCUCGGGAGCAGGCCAAGAGGAUCAAUCACAUCAACUCCUGGAAGGCAGCCACCAUCAGGGAGCACAAAGCCACAGUGACACUGGCUGCCGUAAUGGGGGCCUUUAUCAUCUGCUGGUUUCCUUACUUUACGGUUUUUGUUUACCGGGGACUGAAAGGGGAUGAUGCUGUCAAUGAGGUAUUUGAAGCCAUCGUUCUGUGGCUGGGCUAUGCCAACUCAGCCUUGAACCCCAUCCUGUAUGCUGCCCUCAACAGAGACUUCCGUACUGCAUACCAACGGCUCUUCUGCUGCAAGCUUGCCAGACACCACUCCCAUGAGACUUCUCUGAGACUGAACAACUCUCAGCUAAUCAGGAGUCAAAGCCAAGAACCCAGGUGGCAGGAGGAGAAACCCCUGAAUCUCCAGGUGUGGAGUGGGGCAGAAGUCAUGGCUCCACAGGGAGCCACAAACAGGAAACCGUCUCUGUCCUGCACCACGUGCUCCAGCAACAUCCUGAGUUGCUGCAAGAACCUGUGGGGGCUUCAGUUCCUCCAGAGAUACCUGGGAGGGCCCUCAGAUGAACAGGCUGAGGAGCCAUUGUCUGAGAAGACCCAAAGCACACCAGAACAGGAAGCAAUGAGGGCACUGCCCUCUGAGGCUGUUUAGAGUCGCCCAAGGAUGUGAAGAUACUGGUCCUGGUCAUUCAAAUUUGACAUCGGAGCUCCUAAGGACCCAGAACUCGCAGCCACUGAGCAAGAACCCUGGGGUGCUGGGGUCCUCUGGCCCAGGGCCAGUGGCAUGUUCUGUGCUUAGCAUUCCAGACAGGGGCUCAGGACUCCACUAGGCUGAAUUCCAGGGCUGCAAAGUUCACGUUGGUGCUGGCCCUAGGAGUCAUGUGCAGAGAUAGCAGGACUUAUGGAGAUGUGUACACACAUGUGCAUAGAUGUGUACAUGUAGGAACAUGUGUGUUCUCAGAGCAGGGCAGAGGUUGUUGCUUUAAAGCAUCACCCUCUCACUCCCUUGUGGGGUCUGCAGGAUGAAGGAAAACAAAGGGAUAGGAAAACAAAGGAAACUGCCUUCAUAAACACCUACUAUGUGCCAAGUAUUUCACUUGCAUGAGUUCACAUAAUCCUUACAAUGUGUGGUUAAGUUAAGAGCCCCCAUCUUCCCUUUACAGAGGUAGAAACUGAGGCCCAGAGAAGCACUGGGCCUGCUUGAGCCACUCAGCUAGAAAGUAUACUUGGCACAUAAGAGGUACUAGGAAACUAUUUGUUGAUUGAAUAGAUGAGUGGAUGGAUGGAUGGAUGGAUGGAUGGAUGGAUGGAUGGAUGGAUGGAUGGACAGCAAGACCUCACAUCUGUACUUUUGACACUACAAUACACUGUCUCUCCAAAGAGAGGCCAAGAUAUUUCUUUGACUCAACCUACCCACCUGCUAGGAGGCUCAGACUGUCAGGUCUGGGGAUCCUGUCACACUAAAGACUGACCAUCUCUGGUGCUUGUUUUCAACAAAAAGCUGUGUGCAGUGCCCACUGAAGACAAUGUGACUUCUGGAGUCAGGGAGGACAGGUUCAGGCACAGGAUUGCAGAAGCUGUGAAUGGGGGAGUUGACCCAGAAGUCCCUCUACAGGCCACAUGACCUCAGACACAUCAUCUGACCCCUCUGAACAGCUCUCUCCUCCUCUGUUUGAGGGGUAAUUGUCCCUUCCUGUUUAUGGAAUGCUUGAAGAGGCCAAAGGAGAUGAGGAUGGCAAGGGCUCUAGAAAUAAGAGGAUGUCGAUGGACUUUUCUCUCAGUAGCACCUUCUAGGUGACCCCACUCCUACCUAAUACUCUUUUCUUGGCUUCCAAAAGCCCAUCCUGAUUUUCUCCCACCGGGCUUUCCUAGCCUCUUCACAACUCACCAUCCAGUCAAUACAUGUAGCCCUUCCCAGUGCUGACCUCAGCCUUGUCUGCUCGCUUCAGUUUCUCUCCCUCUGUGGCCUUGUCUCCACCCUUGACUCAGCUCUGAGGCAUGUGGUGAUUUCUCACAGAUUUGCAACUACAACACAGGCUCCUAAGAGAAGCUGUAAACUGUCCACUGCCUACACAACACCACCACCUGGACAUUUCAAAGAUGUUUCACCUUUAGUGUGUCCAUAACUGUACUCUUGGCCUUCUCCCUAUACCUGCUCCCUUCCUGGGCUUCCCCUUCUCAGGUAAAAGCCCACCAUGUGCUUCAAAGGUUGAGAGUUGCCUUUGGCAUGUCCCUUUGCCUUGCUCCUCCUGGUCAACCCUCCUGCGUCCUAACAUCUACACGUAUCCACCGUCCACCUGUCCUGUGUUCACUCAAUCCAACUGCCAUGAUCUCCACUGGGGUGACUGAAACAGCUUCUUAUACCCCUUCUUCACAUUAUCCCUUCUUCACAUUCCCACUCUACUCCUUCUUUCCCUCCCUCUACCCGACAGCCAUGGUGUAAAGUGGUAACCUGAUUGUGUCAUGCAUCUCUAUUUUGCCCCACUGGCCCUGCAUGGCUGAAUUCAUGUCCUUGAAGCCUAUUCCUGCAGCAUUCUCCACCCUCGCUCUCUUUACUUCAGCUCUACUUGUCUUUUUAUUUAUUUAUGUCACUCUGCUCUUUCCAGCAACUCAGUCACUCCCAGCACUGUUUCCAUGACUUCACACGCCCUUCUUGUUCUGUGAGCCAAUGGACUCCAUGAGAUCUCAGCCAAAUUGCCAUUUCUGUGUAAAAAGUCUUCAUUGGUCCUAAAUAUUCAAUCAAGCCCCUACCACACAUCCUCAGAGGUUUCCUUGGAAGCUACUGGCAUGGUUGUAAUGCCACUGUCACUUCCAUGAUUCCUUAAAAACAUCUGCACACACACACACACACACACACACACACACACACACUCAUGAGUUUUAUAUUAACCUCUGUCUGUCCAGCCCCUGUAGAGUAUUGGUGACAGUAAGAGCUUAAUGAGUAUCUGUUCAAUGAUCGAACAGAGAAAAUAAAAUGCUCACAGUCUGGUCAAUGCCAACACUUAAGCAGCUUACCUGCCAAUAAACCUGAAGGCAUUAUUUGCCUUCAUGAUCCCCAGAGAUAUUUAAUUUUGCAGCUGAAUUCCUUCUGGAAACUUAAAAACUGCCUCUCUGGAAGUUUUUGUAGGAAUCUGAGGCAGGUAGGUCUCUAAGUGAUGGCCAUGUAGUUGGAAGCGUAAGACCUCCAGGGCCUGAUCACAGACUUUGCUGGUCAGGGCUCCAGCCUACGGUGCUCACAGGCCACUUAGCACUGUAGAGGACUCCUGCAAGUCUGGGUCUGACCUGCACCCUCCCUUCUGGAGGCUUCUGAGAGCCUCUGCUCGCUGCAGAAAUUGUGUACAUGAUGCUGCCCAGAGAAGGAACAUCUGUGGUGGGAGCCUGGGUCAAUGUCCUAUGUUACCAUUGUGUCCCA